CCACAAGCGAGAUACUAAACAAACAAAUACUCUCAUCACUCUCUGUGUUUGCUUUCGGAUCAUGUCCAGCGAAAACGUACCAGCCAUGGCCUCGAGAAAUGCAGAGAAAGAGGCUAUACUAGAACUGUUAGAGAAAGAAGAAGUGAAAAGAAUUGUUCUCACUGGGGAUGCUGGAGUAGGGAAAACAUGGAUUGCAGAAGAGAUAAGUAAUUCUGCAAGCAGCAAGGGCUUAUCUUACAUGACAUUUUGGGUGUUCCUAAAUCAGCAACCUGAAAGCAAGUCGCUUUAUCAAGACAGGUCUCUUCAUGAGAAUAUUGCCCGUCAGUUGUCUGUUCUUUCCGAUUUUGAGGAGUGGGAAGAUAAUGUUGGUAAGGAAGAGAAGCAAGAGACCAGAGAAAAAACAGAGGAAGAGAAGCGCGAGGAAGAACGCAAGGAGAUAUCUAAUGCGCUUAAAGAAAAAAAGAGAUCUGCAACGCCUGAUGAAAAGAAGAAGUUUCUUCUCCUAAUUCUGGAUGGCGUUCCUGACACAAUGACGGAAGAUGCCAUUCUGCCAGAUAUAAACUCUGCUCUACAACUGAAUGAGGAAAGUAGUCUGUAUAAGGUUUUAAUCACUAGAAGAUCAAAAGAGCCUGUGAAGGAAGCAAGUGAGAGCAAGGAAAUGAAUGAAGUGACCGCAGAGACUAAUCAGAGCAAGGCAACGGAGAAAGUGAUCAUCGAGAUCAAACCCUUGACUGAGAAAGAGGGUUUGACUCUACUUAAGAAGAGAGUCAAUGAAAAGGUUAAGAAGAUUGCUGGUUUUGAAAAUUUUGCAGGAGAAAUUGCCAAAAAGAGCAAGGGUCUACCAGCUGCAAUAGUCGUGAUAGCAGAAGCCUUAAAUCGCAUUAGAGAGCAUGAUUCCAAGACUCUGACAUUGGAAAGUGCUCUGGAAGAAGCAGCUACAUGUGAGGAGGCACCUGAUCAUGGUGUAAAUCCACUACUGUGCUCCGCAUAUGGCAUGUUGGCGAGGAGUGAUAUGGCUUUGAUCGACUGCUGGUGGCAAAGCACGCACUUAUUUCUCAAACAUGCUAGAGUUCAUUACCACGAGCUGAUAGCUUUGUGGAUAUUGGAAGGAUGUAUAGGUGCUUUUGACCGUGUUGAGGAGGCCUAUAAAGAGGGACAUCGUGUGUUGAUGGAGCUUAUAGAUCUCGAUAUGCUGAAAAUGAUAGAUGAUAACAUUGUUGUCAUGCAAGGAUUAGCACUUACACUGCUUCCAGAUAGUCGACGAGAUGGAUAUGAAGGGGCAUCGAGUCUAGGACUGGCUACUGUGCUUGAGGGUGACGAUUGGCAAUGUUUCAGGAGAAUCACGCAGAAGGAUGGCAUGAUAAAAGCACUGUGCAAACACGAAAGAACGUAUCAAGUAUCCACGCUACUGAUUGAUGGAAGGCGUCUCUACAGGGAAGUUCCUGACAGUUUCUUUCAGCCAAUGCAGCGACUCCAGAUUCUUGUGAUUUUUAAUCCUACAUUCAGAUCACUGCCCUCAAGCUUGUCUAAAAUGGGUGAGCUUCGUCUGCUUGUGCUCAGGGGAUGUGAUCCGUUGGAGAACAUUGAUCCCAUCAAAGGACUCGAGUCAUUGACAGUUCUGGAGAUAUCUGGUGCUACCUCCUUGAAGAAUAUUCCGGAUGAUGAUUUUUUUAAGAAAUUGACUCAACUGCGAAGCCUCAAUCUCUCUGCAGUCCAGAUCACAUCGCUACCUUCUAUCUCCCACCUGAGUGAACUCCGUUGGCUCAUCCUAAGCGGGUGCUCUAGCUUGAAAAAACUGCCAAAAAUAAAGACACUUACAAAGCUCGAGGUGAUUGAUCUCUCCGGUGCUACCGAAUUGGAAACAUUGGAAGGCAGAGCGUGGGUCGAACUCGUGAAUCUCCGAAUGCUUGACGUCUCCCAAACCAAGAUUUCCCGCUUGCCAAUCCUCGGCAGUCUUGGAAAUCUUACUACACUCUCAUUAAGUGGCUGUAAACACUUGGCGAGGCUGCCCAAACUAAAAGGCUUGUCCAACCUCCAAGUUCUUGAUCUUUCGGGUGCGAUUAUGCUAAAGGAAUUCCCAGAUGAUUCCUUGCAAGUGGACAGUAACCUCAAGAUCCUUCAUCUCUCUCAAACUUUAAUCCCUAAUUUACCUUCCAAUUUCAACAGCCUCUCUAAACUUGAGUUGCUUGAUCUUUCCGGUGCCCGUAAUUUGGUGAAAUUGGAAGAAAACUGCUUCCAACAUAUGAACAAAUGUCUUCGUCAUCUUGACCUCUCCAACACCAAAAUUGAGAAACUUCCUUCAAUUUCCAAGCUUGGUAACCUUGAAGUUCUUAAUCUUUCUGGUUGCAAUGCGUUGACAAAAAUAGGAGAUCAAUCUUUUGAGCAAAUGACUCGCCUUCAGCGCCUUGAACUCUCUGAAACUAAGAUUAAAUGCAUGCCGCCCCUUUCCAAAUUUGUCAACCUUCGUCAACUCUUACUAAGAAACUGUAUCAGCCUAAAAGAACUUCCACCUCUGGAAUCUCUGUCGAAACUUGAGGAGCUUGAUUUAUGUGGUGCACUGCUUCCGGAAGGAACUAAAGCUGAAUUCUUGAAAGAUAUGAACCGCCUUCAGCUUCUCAACCUAUCAGGGACGGGUCUUGUGUUACCUUCCCUGUCCAAUCUCUCCAACCUCACCCAGCUUUCCCUUCGAGGUUGUUCUCUCUUAGAAACGGAGCCAAGUUUGGAAAACCAUACAAAGCUGGAGGUUCUGGAUCUUUCGGAGACAAAGAUUACUUCUCUACCAUCCCUUGGGAAUCUUAGCAGUCUGCGCGAGCUUAAGUUAAGAGACUGUCCAGGCUUAAAGCAGCUGUCAGAUCUAAACUCGCUGAUCCAUUUGGAGGUUCUUGAUCUGUGGGGGACCGGAAUCGGAGAAUUUCCCUAUGAGAUUUCAGAAAUGACUCGUUUAAAGCACCUUGAUCUACCAGACAUGAAGGGUAUUGAAAAGCUUGAGUGGGAAAGGAUAAAGCGCCUGCCGGAAGAGGUAAACUGGGUUCAGUGCGGCAUCCUCAAGCACUGUCAAGACAGGUCUUGCAUAUCUCUGAGUGCUACUGAAAGUUAGGACUGGGAGUCCAUCAAUCUCUGCCUGCCUCUUGGAUUACUGAGAGUAUGUCUCUAUGUUUGAUUUAGUUUGGAAGUGUAUGUUGUGAAAUAAGUUCUCGCAAUAGAACAGUGGUCGUGUGUGUUAAAGUAUUGAUUAAGUAAUUAAAUUUAUCUAUUUCUAUCGACUUAAACUUUUAGGAUAAGUGGUGAUUUAAUA